CUCCACUCCUCCCGUCGAGCACUUGGCACUGCCAAUGGCGGCUCCCGCCUACGCCCCUCCGAUGCGCGCGAGCCUCCUCCUCUCCUCGUGAGAUCGACGCGCCUCCUCCGCGUGCUCCAUUCUCCGGCCUCGUUCGUUUCUUCGGCCCCGAGCCAUCGCCCGUUCGCCGCCCCCGCAUCUCGUCGUGCUCCGGGUUCUUGGCCUCCGCCGUUCUUGGACUGUCGCGCGGCCGCCCGGUGCCCGCGCCGCUGAAUCCGAGUGACCCGUGCGGCCCCUUCUUGUGGGCGGGAUCCAGCAGGCGGUGAGCGGGAGCGGCGCGACACACCGGGGGACGGGCAAUGGCGGCCGUGGCGACUCCUCUCUGCACGUGGCUCGUAGCCGCGUGCUUGUCCGCGGCAUGCGACUCCGACGAGCACAAGCAGAAGCAUUGCUGCGCUGGUGGAAGCGGCGCUGGGGGCGACGCCAUAUUUGGCCAGGGCCGUGAGCGCCGCCGCCUCGGUGCGCGGCGGCGCGGCGCGGCGCGCUCUGGAAUGGCCAUGGCUGUUGCCUUACAAGCUGAAAGAAGUGUUAUUGAAAAGAAGAAACCUGAUAUCAAACAAAGGAGGGUGGUUGUCACUGGCAUGGGUGUAGUGACACCAUUGGGCCAUGAUCCCGAUGUGUUUUACAACAACCUUCUUGAUGGAGUUAGUGGAAUCAGCGAGAUAGAGAGGUUUGACUGCUCCAACUUCCCCACGAGAAUUGCAGGAGAGAUAAAAUCCUUUUCUACUGAUGGUUGGGUUGCACCUAAGCUUGCUAAGCGGAUGGACAAGUUUAUGCUAUAUUUAAUAACUGCUGGAAAGAAGGCACUAGAAAAUGGUGGACUAACUGAAGAACUCAGGAGUGAGUUGGACAAAACCAGAUGUGGUGUUCUCAUUGGUUCUGCGAUGGGCGGCAUGAAGGUUUUUAAUGAUGCAAUUGAAGCACUGAGGGUCUCUUACAAGAAAAUGAACCCAUUUUGUGUUCCCUUUGCAACUACAAACAUGGGCUCUGCAAUCCUUGCAAUGGAUCUGGGAUGGAUGGGACCAAAUUAUUCUAUUUCCACUGCUUGUGCUACCAGUAACUUCUGUAUCCUCAAUGCAGCAAACCACAUCAGAAGAGGGGAAGCUGAUGUUAUGCUCUGUGGUGGAUCUGAUGCACCUCUUAUCCCAAUUGGAUUGGGAGGUUUUGUGGCUUGCAGGGCUCUUUCACAGAGAAACAGUGAUCCAACAAAAGCUUCCCGGCCCUGGGACAUGGACCGUGAUGGUUUUGUUAUGGGGGAAGGGGCUGGUGUCCUCGUAUUGGAGGAACUUGAGCAUGCUAAGGAAAGAGGUGCAAAAAUAUAUGCUGAAUUUCUUGGUGGAAGCUUUACAUGUGAUGCUUACCACAUGACUGAGCCACAUCCUGAAGGAAGAGGGAUUACUCUCUGCAUCGAAAAGGCACUAGCUGAUGCCGGGGUAGCAAGGGAGGAAAUCAACUAUGUGAAUGCACAUGCAACAUCUACACAAUCGGGUGACUUGAAGGAGUACGAAGCUAUUGUGCGUUGUUUCGGCCAGAAUCCUCAACUAAGGGUGAACUCAACAAAAUCAAUGACUGGCCAUCUUAUAGGAGCAGCUGGUGGAAUUGAAGCAGUUGCUUCUAUACAAGCUAUAAGAACUGGUUGGGUCCAUCCAAAUCUGAAUUUAGAAAAUCCAGAGGAUAUUGUGGACGUGGGCGUCUUGGUAGGACCACAGAAGGAGAGAUGUGAAGUGAAUGUGGCACUAUCCAACUCAUUCGGAUUUGGUGGGCACAACUCAUCAAUUCUCUUCGCACCUUUCAAGUGAACAUGGUCGACAAACUACCAUCUUCGUCCGACAGCUUCAUACAUCUAGACCUGCAUAUAGAAGACUAGUGGACUCUGUGGCUUCCUCUACACCACACAUACUACAUGGAGGUCCAAGCUGAGAGGAGAACGCUGUGCCAUACACAUAACUAUGUGAAAACAUCAGGCCCCUGCAAGGUUCAAUUAUAUCACAAAACUGCAAAUAUAUGGUAUCUAUCAAACGACUUACUGUACCUGGCCGGUGUUUUCGCCUUCACCGUGUCUGCCCAGUCAGUACUAUUUCCUAGAUUUGGCGGAGUCCAGUAGAUGAUCCUCUUGCCUUCGGAGGUGCUGGGAUUUUAUGUUGUAUUGAUGUUGUGAACAAUGUCUCGGUUAUUAGCCAUGAAUUGCUGGUUUCGCUGUAAGACUUGCUUGGCAUUUUCAUUUUCGUCGUUUUUCUGCUUUUCC